CUCCAUCCAGGUCGCUUCCUCCGAAGUGUCCAUUCGCUACUUAGCAUUAGCCUCUAAUGCCUUGCGCCAACUCAUUGUAAUGUCAACAUUUUCACUUCCUAGAAAGACACAAGCUGUAAAUAAUCUUCAUGCCGGCGACAUCAUCGCAUCUACACAGCAAAAACCAAACAGCCAAGCACGUGUCUUUUAUAUCUCGUGGCCAAAAGGCCUCGGGAUCAGUUGAGUACGGUCCGACAAAGGGGUAGCCGGACAGGUAAACUGAUCCCGAGUCAGUCACUAAAGCAUGUAUCAGAUCAGCCGCCGCACGGGAAGCUUCCCACGAGGCCCGCGGCUGUUAUUUUAUCACGCCGGCCACAAAUUUGGCGGCUGUGUGCGACUUCAUCAGUCGACUAACUGGUCCGGUCGGUGUGUGUUUGUCUGUUUGUGUGCAUGUGUGUGUGUGUGGAUGGUUCCAGGGUUGAAUGCUCAGCCAAGAACACACUUGCACUUGAAUCGCACCGCAUGAGGAUGGCAUGGGUCGGAGAAUAAUAGUCAAUAAUAGAAUGUAUUGACAUAUGACUUUUUCCGUUGUGAUUAACUCGGACAAGCCUUACUCGGCAGCACUGCAGUAAAUAAAUGCAUUGCGGGCAUCCGGAGGGAGACAAACGCCAUCUGAAGCUGACAAAUGGCCAUACAGGAGUGCCCCCUGUCGGCCUUGCUCCUGACCUCUGUAAUGGCGGCAAUUCUGGGCUCCCUGCAGGUGGGCUACCACACGGGGAACAUCAACGCCCCUGCCAAAAUCAUUGAGGAGUUCUUCAACCAGACUUGGAGGGACAGGUAUAAUGAAACGAUGUCAGAGCAGAGCCUCACUCUGCUGUGGUCCCUCUCUGUCAGCAUCAAGGACUUUGGAGCCCUACUGGGCUGUCUGGGAGUCAAAUACGUGGCGGACUCUUUUGGACGGCGUAACUCCAUCCUGAUCGUCAACUGCCUGUCGGUGGUGGGGACGGGCCUGAUGGUGGUGUCCAAAGUCAGCGAGUCGUUUGAGACUCUGAUCCUGGGCAGGCUCCUGUUCGGUCUCUUCUGCGGCCUGGUGAUGAGCCUCAAUCCGCUUUACAUCCAGGAGGUGUCGCCCACCGUACUGAGGGGCGCCUUCGCCACCCUCAACCAGGUGGCCUACGCCUCGGGAAUCCUGCUGGGGAUGGUGUCCGGACUGGAGACCUUACUGGGCACGGAGGAACUUUGGUCCAUAAUGCUAUCCUUGUCCCUGAUCCCGGCGCUGGCGCAGUACCUCAUCCUGCCUUUCUGCCCCGAGAGCCCCCGAUACCUGCUCAUCAACAAGGGGCAGGAGGCCAAGGCUGACGCCGCCCUGCUCCGACUGCGAGGAAGUCCCGGUGGGGUGUUGGCCGAGCUGGAGGAGAUGAGAGGCGAGGCGGGCCGCACUCAGGCGUCCGUCGGCGUCCUGGAGUUUUUCCAGAAGCGAAGCUACAGGCAGCCAAUCAUCAUCGUCCUCUGCGUCAACAUGGGCAGCCAGCUGUCCGGAUUCAACGCGAUCAUCAAUUAUUCCACCAGAAUGUUCCAGGCUAACUUUGAAGAGGCCAAAUACCUGACUUUGGGCGUGGGGGGCGCCAACGUGGUCUUCACUUUGGUGGCCUUCUUCCUGAUGGAAAAGGCCGGAAGGAGGCCACUGCUCCUGAUCGGGUUUGUCUUCAUCGCCGUGUCCAACCUCUUAUUGACCGUCGUGGAUUUGGUGGUGUCCACGGUGCCCGAGUUGGCAAGCUUGCAGGUCCUGCUGGUGUUCUGCCUGGUCUCGGCGUACGAGUUCGGGCCGGGCCCCAUCUCCUGGUUCAUCGCGGGCGAGCUAUUCGACCAGCCCGGCAGGUCCAUCGCCAUGGCCUACGCCAGCAUCCUCAACUGGGGAGGGAAGUUCCUCCUGGCGCUGCUCUUUCCUCCCAUACUGAAAGUCAUCGGCGGCUACUCUUACCUCCUCUUCAUGGUCAUGGCUCUGAUGGGCUUCACCUUUACCUGGUUUCGAGUUCCCGAGACCAAGGGUCGCACGUUCGACGAGAUCGCGGAGGAGUUCCGGGGGUCGGAAAACCUCCCGUUGCAGAAUAAGAAGGGAUUCAACACCUUCCCUUGAACGGACCUUGGGCGUACGGCUCUGUAGGGUUAGAAAAGGGGGCGGCCCACCACCAGUGACCCCAACCAUUCCAAAAUGUCACCCCACUCCACUGGACGUACAAGAAGCCAGGAGGUGCACCGAGGAACUUAGUACCUAAAGACUCAAAAACUGUUAACUGGAACUUUCAUUCCCUUUUUCUUAAUAGCAUUGACACAGCGCCACCCAGUGGGUGCAAGUAAGCAUUUUAAAACACCAUGCAAGAUUCAUUUGGAACUUUUGAAAUCUUUUUGGAGCGGGACAAGAGCUUGGUUUGUCCCAAAAUAAAUUCAUUUGGAAGCGUAAGCAAAAAUAUAAUCAUGACAAUCACAGAGUAACCGCGAAGUGACUUGAUGAACGGGAGAUGAUGAGAAGAAGUUAACAAAAAUGAACAUGACGCCACACAAGGGAAAGUGACGCAACCAAAUAAAGCAGCACACACUUG